UAUUUGGCAUAUUUAAAGCGCCCGUAAUCUCAGCAUCUUCUCUUUCUCUAGAAGCUUCAGAAUUUUCGUUUCCCGUUACUAUAAGCUUCUUUCCUUCUUCGUUCUGCGAAGAGUUUUCGUUUUCGGUUAUUUAUUUUCAUACUGAGUUUGGAGCAUGAAUCGGAGUAGGAACUCUGUUAACUCGACACAGCAAAUCGUCAAAUUCCUCUAUAGUUACGGUGGUAGAAUCCUCCCUCGUCGCUCUGACGGCACGCUCCGUUACAUCGGAGGUUUUACUAGAGUCCUCUCCGUUGAUCGGUCUAUUUCUUAUUCAGAGUUGAUGGUAAAGCUCGUAGAAUUGUGUGGAUCGUCUAUGCGUUUGAGGUGUAAGCUGCCGAGUGAGGAUUUGGAUGUUUUGGUAUCGAUUACCCGUGACGAGGAUCUGGCCAAUGUGAUUGAAGAGUACGAUCGAGUAUCAGCAUUGACGAAUAAAGAGAUGAAGAUUAGAGCCUUAUUGUCUCCAAUCAGUUUGCCAAAGAAGGACUCUCUUCCGUCUUCGCCAAUGUCUACCUUCGAUUUUCCGACAUCAAAAUUGGAGCCUGGAAAAAUCGGCUGCUUCAAUUUUCCUCCGUCGUAUGCAGAGCUACGUAGAUUGUCCUCACCAGCUGUGGGUUAUCUGGUUGGGAGACGGGAAGGUGUCGAGGAGCUUUACUAUCGUUAUUGUGGACAUGAUUGAAGCUUUAGGCCUCUGUAUUACGUUAAUCCUCAGCAUUGACAGUAAAAGAAAAACAGAGAGGUGUUUUAAUGCAUCGGAGUUCAGUGUACAUAGAGGAAACAACCUCCGCCCCACGUAAAAAGGGCCAGAAAAAAAGAAAAUUUUUAUCGCUUAAAGUUUAUAUAGAUUAACAAAAGGACAGAUCAAUUGUUUUUA